CCUAAAUACGUUGUGUUAAAAGACUUACUAUUAAAAGAGAUAUAAGUUAUAUUAUUUACCAAACGUGUAUAUCAAGUUAGUGUAUUAAUUGUGAGUGUGGUUUUACCUCGCUCGAGGUGGUGGUGAGUUUAGGAAUAUCGAAUUCAUUUUCGGAGUACCGCAUCUGUCUACAUGACAAAAUGUCGGGAUCGCAGCGGAUGCGAAAAUCCUCACCAUGCUCUACGUCAAAACAAGGCCCAAUGCGGGCCACUUUGCCCAUGAGUUCUCUUCUAAGACAAAGCAGCAGUCUUAAAAAAAGUAACAGCAACAGCCCUACCGUCUCGCCGACUAACGCGUGGCGGGCUCGCAUCUCCCCCGAUCAAUCCUCCUCCGGGCAGCGAAGCCCUGGCUCUCUUUCUUACAAAGCCAAGUCGAAAACAUUAAGUGGACGAUCCAGUGACAGUUUAAGCGGUAGCCAGAAUAUUCGACGGACUGCAUCUCUCGAUACGAUAUAUCUUAAGGGACAGUGGCCACGCGAUGCCUAUUAUAUUCACCCCAGCCUACUUCUGGUGGAUAAAUCCACUCAGACCGAAGAGUGGCCUAGUGAGUCACGAAAAAUGCAUACCCGGCAUACUACGGAGCAAACCACAACCACCGCCACCACCACUGACGACAAACUAGAAAAAUACAUCAGGCAUCGGCUUCAACGUACUAAUAAAGAAGGAACAAGUAGCAGGGAAAGAACAGCUGCCUUUGGACUCAUAAUGCCUAGUGGGCCUCCACCGGCCCUGCCAGGGGAUCACACCGUACCCCUACCUAGCAUUGCCUCACAAACAUCCAUCCCCAGCCAAUUUAGUUUGAGUACAAAAGCCAGUCCAAUGAAUAUCCCAGUGAAACCAAUGAGACCCCCAAUGCGAUCUUCCAUUGAAGGACUCAAUCAAGAAAUCGAAGGCUUAGUGCUAAAAUCAGGAGGUAAUACCACGGACUCAGAUCACACUGUGGAAGAUAAGUAUGCACGAUAUCGUGAACAAAUGACACCCGAGGGUCACCGAGCACCUUUGGCAGAUCUUCUGAGAGCAACUCGCAGUGUCAAUACGCAAACUCCUGCUACUGAGCUUCCUUCCAGCUCUUAUUCUUCAGGCCCUCCGUCAAGGAAUUCUGAGUCUCCACUGAUUCCUGGUGUUAUGGAUGCUUUUCGUCCACCCAGUGAUCUCCCACAAGGUGGGAGCCGUGGUUCGACACCAGAACAAGAAAGGGAAGGCCGCCCAGGUACCUCACCACAAAUCAACAGGUUUCUUGCCAGAGAACCACCAGAUGGCUGUGAGAAAGUCAAUCUAAAGUUUGUCGAGGAUACCAGGCGGCCCAUGGUAGACUUGAGCAAAUUAGACUACUGCUCGAAGCCGUGCGUAGCAUUCCAGUUAAAACCGAGUUUGGGAUCAGCGUUCCUGCCGUUGCAACAACCGGCGAGCCCAACAUUGAUCGCCAGUGCAUCACCUUCUCCACGUACAACACCUCCUACACCACCUCCAAAUCCGUAGUCCCAAAUCCUUAUACACUGUUUGGCAAAAAGCGCGUAAACCUGGCUGGUUUUUACUUUUUUUUAAAAAUAAUCUCGUGGCUAGGAUGAUAUGUACUUUGCUACAAAGGCAUGCCGGCGAUUGCAAAAAGUUACCGAGAGGAACAGCCAACUCCCAGUGUGACCCAUCAUCUAUGGGUAAUGUGAUUGUGUAAUUAAAAGAAAUGUAUAAUCACACCGAUGCUAAGUAUUUGAAGAAACAAAAGAAAGACAGGAAAAACUAAGCUCCAUUAAUAUUUGAAACAAUAAUGAAUAUGCGGAACAAUAAUUUGUGAUAACUGAAAACAACGUUUAGAAAUAAACAUUGUGUUCUACAGGGAAGAAGACUAAUAAAAAUUGUGUAUUCUAAAUUUAGUGCAAAAACGUGCUAAACAACUUUAGUUUUGUAUACAGGGAUAAAUAUUCAAAAUGAUGAAAAGUAUUAAAUUUGAAUGUUGGAAGAAACAAAAUUAUACAAAUCCGAGGGGUACCUAUGCUUAGGUAAACAUAGUACCCAUUUCUAAUCGUUUCAUAAUGCUUUCACCGGUACGAACAAUCCAACCUCAUAGCGAUAUAUGAUCACAAGUUAGAAUUUCUUUUAUCGUUUUGCAUUAUCACUUAUAUGCUAAAAUAUUCAAGAAUCACUAUUAUCCAGGAUGCCUUAAAGAUCACGCGACAUGGAGGUACAUUAUCACCACUAUCAUUUUUAUUUAUUUUAUUAUUGUUUCCUUUUUUAUCUGCCCACUUCGUAUCUUCACAAAAUUAUUCAUUUUUUAGACAUGCAAUAAUUGUUUGAAGCCUCGUGCUCAUUCUCUUGCCAUUUCUAGCAGUGGAAGAUAUUUAUGCAUUGAAUAGCAUCACGCUAUUAACACCAUAGAACUAGUAAACAGUAUCUAUCUAUGUUUGUAUUUCUCUUAUUACUUUGCCCAAUUUUUAUUUAUUCAAUAUAUUUUUUUUUUUGUUUUCAGUUUCAUUCACUCUAUUACUUGUAAGCCAAGCAUAAACGAUUAUCAAAUACAUGAGCAAAACGAUUUAGCUAGCUGUAUGAUUUUUAAGGCACCUUGCAUUUUAUUAGACUACAAUCUGAAUAUGUACAACCAAUAAAGCAUGCAAUGACAGAUCGAUGAAUGUAUGAUGGUGUGAAUCCAAUACGAAAUGAUAUCAAUAUGUAUAGCAAUUGCAAAAAUUACAACUGACAAUAUGAAGUAUUGAUUGAGAUAAUGAUUCGUGGUUCUAGAAAGUAUGGUAUCAGGUAAGCACUUAAAUGGAUCCGUAAUUGGUACGUGACAGGUGUGUCUGUUUAUACCCGCGUAAAUAACUUUGAUGAAGUGUUACAUUACCUAAGAAUCAUAUGAAUGACGGUAUGCGUGUAUUGCAAUAUCAAGAUGUUAUUUAAGUCAUUCACGAAUAACGUUGUUAGAUGAAAUAGUUUCACCAAAGGUUCAUUUCUGAGUCUGGCUUGGAAUAAUCAACUCUUUUCAACUUUUUAAAGUCAAUCUGGCAAACGAAAAAAUCUUUAUUCAAGGUUUCCAAACCAAAGUAUUAAUCAAGAAAAAUCAUAUUGAUAAAAUUAAGAUUGCACACCAAGUAUUCAAAAUUAAACGAAACAAAAAUUAAUAAAUACUAUCAACAUAAAUUUUUUUGUAUGAGAUGCAACGUUGUUCGUGUAGUGGAUUAACUCAUCUUACUACUUUCAGGUGUAUUCAUUUGAUGAGUUCGAUUCAUUUUUUGCUUCAUGAUACAUAAGAUUUUUGCAAACAAUAUCAUUAAUAUCAUUAUAGUUUUGGUUUGCUGAAUAUUGAUCCUCGAAAAGUACAAUUAAGAAUGAGUACAGCGGUUUUUUUUUCAUCCUAACAAAUACAAUAGUAAUGCACUGUCUUAUACCGCAACGUAUCUAGCCACGGCAUUGAAAGAAUGUUAACACACAAGUACCUGGCACACUGGUCUAUGCUCUCUUCGAACCAGCUCACUAAGAAAAUAAUGCCUUAGCGUGGCGUAGUGUGCUACUUAUACAAAGAUUUAGCUCGGAGCCUCAUUUUACAUUGUUACGGGUACAGGAAAGCUUCGACUAUUGACAUUUCCGAUCAUUUUCGCUCGCAUCGCUGCUUUUUAAUAUUAUCUAGACUUUUUAGAAACGUAACAAAGUUGCAGCACUUUUCACGAGAUCUGAAGUUGAUGCGCUACCGAUUGAUUGUCCGUAACCGAUUAUUUCAAUACUAGAAAAAAAAUGUUUGAAUGUGCUUUAAAGAAAAAAUGUAACACCAUCCACUAUUUUGGAAGGAUUAUUAAAAUUUGUAAUCUGAGGCUCCCUGUUUUCUAACUUUGUGAACUUGCCUAAUGUGUUAUCAUUGUUGUUACUUUUUUUCGUCAAUCUCAAAGGACGAAAUGACAUGUAUAAAUUAAAGACUGCUAAAAGAUUACCUGUUAUUUGGAAAUUUCCAAAAUUAAAAUUAAAUAAAUUAGACAGCAAUUUUCAUUAGUUACCUAUCGAUCGCAGGAGUACCAUCUCUAACGGUUGCAUACCAUACGAUCUAUAAGCGACCGCUGUUCGGUACAUUUUCAACAUAUCUUAAUCAAUCUGAGCAGGUUUCAGAAUAGCAGAAUGAUUAUGUCAAUUAUACAUUAAUUUAACCCUAGGACUGUCCAGAUAUAUUGCUACAAAAAAUUCCAAAUCCUAUACUACUUAUUGAACUUUCACUCUAAUCUCUAAGAUGUCAAAAUUGAUCAAACUCUCAAUUGAAUAGAGCUUGUAUAUUGUAUAAAAUCACCCGAGAAAUUUAUAUACCUUUGAAGACAUUUUAGUGAAUCUUUUAAUCCCUGUUUUAUAAUAAAUAUAUCAAACAUUG